AUGGCAUCUCAUAACAGCUGGCUCUCACGCAGGGUUCAUCCUCAAGUCCAAAGGGCGCUCCCGGCAAUCUCUGCUUCUCUAGCCUCCAGGGAUUCCGAGGAUGUCAUCGACUUGAAUAUCGCCGAGAAUCGACUGAUGCACUCUGCAGUACUAUCACUCUCCAAAGCAGUAAUUGCAGAACAACUAGGGUCGGAGGCUUUGAGUUAUCCAAGGGGAUUUGGUGGCCAGCCCGAGCUUCUCUCGGCGUUUGCGUCCUUUUUCAACACUUACUUCAACCCAGAUGUGGCGGUGGAGCCAUAUCACGUUGUCGCGGGACCAGGUGCAACAGCAUGUCUCGUGAACCUUCUCUGCAGUAUUUGCGAUCACGGAACUGCGGUCAUCGUUCCCGGCCCAUACUGGAACGGCUUCGACGUUCACCUGACUCUAUUGCCCGGUGUGCAUCUAGUCAGCCUCGAUCCAGAUCUGGGAGGAAAGGAUGCAAUGGACACCGGGCUUGACGAUUUGCUCGAUCAGUCUCUACGAGCUUCAGAGUUGUGGGGCAAGGAAGUCCGGGCGGUCUUGAUAACCAAUCCUCACAACCCAUCAGGCCGGUGCUAUAGUGUGGAAGCCCUAGCAAUGGCGGCACGCUUUUGCGAGAAGCACGCCCUCCAUCUCAUUGUCGACGAGAUCUACGCUAUGAGUCCCGUCCAUCAGUCCUCCCCGGGGCAAGAUGGCUUCACGUCAAUACUUGCAUUAGACAUGCGGGCGUUGGGUGUAGAUCCAGCAAGGGUUCAUGUCGUGUGGAGCACUAGUAAAGAUUUUGGCUGUAGUGGAUACAGAGUCGGCGCUGUGGUAUCGCAGGCAAAUCCAGCAGUUCGAGCCAGUCUCGGACUCCUCAAUACCACACAGAUCUCUAGUCUUGCGGCAAAUGUGACCGCAGGCAUGUUAAGCUCGCCUCAACUCCCCUGCCUCAUGGCACAGGGUACAAGGAAGCUGAGGCAAUCAUACUCUCAGAUCACAGCUUGGCUCGAGGCGCAUAACUUCACCUAUGUGCCUGUUACGGGAGGAAUCUGCAUUUUAGCCCGACUGGCCCCACAUGCACAGAGCUGGGAAGAUGAGGCUGCAAUUGUUCAAAAGAUCAAGGCUGCGGGAGUCGUCGUUGGUGCUGGACGGACAUAUCACCUGAGGGAGCACGAAAAAGGCUGGUGUAGGCUAGUAUUUGCAGUGCCCUCGUCCGUACUGAAGGCCGCUCUGUGUCGGAUGGAGGUGGCUAUGGGUCUGACAUCCUUAGAGUAG